GCCGGGCCCCUUCUUCCCUCACGGCAUGGCGGCGCCAGCGCCCUGGCUCCUACCCCUGCCCCCGCCAUCGCAGCCUGUCACCCCUGGGCUCCCGGGCACGGAGGCUGCUUGUGUGCCGGGGACGGCGUUCCUGGCCUCACCGGCCAGCGAAGCCAGCAGCCCGCGGUGGCGGAAAGGCGUUACCCGGAGGCGGCGACCGGCCCAAGCGCGGUGCCCGCCCCGCUCCGCCCUCAGGCCGCGCUAUGGCGGCGGGGCGGCCGGCGCUGGCCCGGGCCCUGCUGUAGCAGUGCCUGUCCGCCCGGCUGCAGGUGAAGCCGCCCGAGCGUGGCUCCGAGGCCGAGUGGGUGGAGUUGCAUUACAUUUUCCUGAAGAAGAAGAAAAAAGGGAAAACAAAAGGUAGAGUUGAGAUAACAUUUUGCAGAAUAUAUUUGGGGUUUGCUAAUGAAAUCCUGCAAAAUUCAGAUGAAUGUAUUUAGUAAGGAGGGUGAGGAAGGUGUUAGUUUUUUGGUUUUCAUGAAAAAGAGAUAAAAAGCAGUGUUUGGAGGCAGCAUUGCUAAAGCUGGCUGUAUGGCCUUAGGGGCUGGGUACUCCAGCCCUUCAUGAUGCAGGUUGCCUGGUCUGAUGAUUACUUAGGACAGUUGUAUAAUAAAUGCCAGUGUUGCAGAGUAACUUGCUUUGCUGAUUUAUU